AUGGAGAGGAUGGAAAGCAUCAAAUACAUACCUGCAGGUCCCCUAAUGGACAUCACAGUCAUUGCUGGAAGGUUUGAUGAUGUGUACCUGCCACACUGGAUCUGCAUUGAUGAUGUCCCUAAAAUAUCUGACAAGUUUGCAGUCCUACACAUAGAUGACUGUGGAGAUGUUGUGGAAAAAGUGUCUGAGGUCACGUCGUCCCAUGUCAAGCUGUCUGAACCAGUUUUUUCACCAAGAGCAGUCUUGAUGAAAGCUGGCAUUCCAGUGAAAAUAAACUGUAAUGUGUUAAUAUAUCAGACCAACACAGCAUUCCUGACACUGCAUGUUUAUCUGAUCCCACGUGAUCCUGGUAAACAAGAGGCAAUGGACAACAAGAAUGUAUCUUAUGGAUACAAAGUAAUCAGAAAGCCACAUCCAGAGAAGUCCCUGAAAAUGCGUGAUUGUUUCAUCUUAAAGGCAGAUGUGAAUGGUGCAAAAGUUUCUCCUAAAGACUUAAAGCUCAGAUGUGAAAGCAGAGGCCCAAAUUUCUUUGAAGUUUACAUUGAAAAUCCAGACAGAAACUUCACACUCAACCUCACACAAAAAAAAAGUCAACAACCAGUGUGGACCCAUGAAAUUCGAAAAGGUGAAUAUCAAAGCAUGGUUAAUAUGCAAG